UUUCACAAUAACGACUUUCUUCUUCUUGUUGUUUUCUUGAGGAAGAGGGUGAUGAAAAAUUGUUGAUUAAAGGGUUAAUUUUUCGAUAUUUUACAGUAGAAAGAGGAAAUGACGGUCAGUUUCGAGUGCGGUGACGAAGAAACAAGCAAUGGUGGCGAAUUCAUCUGGGUUGGAGAAAUAAUCAGGCCGGAAAAUUGAAUGCUGGAGCGGCCAAGAAACUACUGGAAAUUUUUAAUAUCUCGAAUUCAUACAACUGUAUCUGCUCGUAAUGUGAUUUCUCACUCCUCCAAACUUGAAAUACGGAGGUUCCAGAUGCAAUGGAGAUGAUAUUUCAAUCUGCCCUGGCUUUGGGUAGAAAGGGAGUUGUACAUGCGUUUGUUGCUCCCAAAGUUAUAGAUGGAAAAAUACACCAUCUCCAGUUGGGGAACUUGGAAUGGUAGAGAUGACCCAGGCUCUGGAACUAAUUGAUGUUUGCUAUGAGCAGAUAUUUGAUGGUCAUGGAGGACCAGAGGCUGCAGCUCAUGUGAGGAAAAUUGUACUCAGAUUAUUAUUUACAGACACCAAUUUUCCUGAGACUUCAGAAGUUGAUGAUGCAUUUCUAGAAGGGGUUUGGAGAGUUCUCUUAGUAAGGGGUUUCUUCUAGCCAAUGACUGCAAUAUUAGCAGCUCUUGUGUUGGGAAGGAAGAGGACGAAAGUGUUGCGGAGAAAUCAAUUGAUGGUAUCGUUACAAAUUAUGAGUUGACAAAACAAUGCAUAGAGACAAACUUCAACUCUUAUUCACCAAGGAUUGUUAAUGUUGCUUCUUUCUUUGGAACUAUGACCCUUAACUAUGAAUACUAUGAAUGUACACAAGUAGACAUUUAAAUUUGUAUAAAAUUGAUCAAGUAGACACACGUGUUCUACAUGGCAUGAUACAUUUUAGACGUAAAUUUUUCAUGUAGAACGAAUGUGUCACUUUGUUCAAUUUUAUACAAGCUCAAGUGUCUACUUGUGCAUACCUAAAGUUAAGGAUCAUAAUUGCUAACUGACGCCAAGUUAAGGAUCAUGUUUAUAUAUUAUGCCAGAAUAAAAGUGAUAUGGGCAACUUGCUUUUAUGUAAACCUAGGAGUAGUAUAUAUAUAUACAAUAUAUAAUGGUCCUAGUCGCACUAAAAACCAACCCAAUACGCUGUUGGACAAAAAAUAUCCUUUCAAUAAUGGCAGAGAAAAUCACCAGCCUCCAGAGCACAAGGUAUGCAGUAGUGACUGGAGGGAACAAGGGAAUAGGAUAUGAAACAUGCAAGCAAUUAGCAAGCAAAGGAUUAGUGGUAGUGUUGACAUCAAGAGAUGAAAAAAGAGGGAUUGAAGCUAUUGAAAGGCUUAAAAAGGAGUCGAACUUUACUAAUGAUCAAGUUUUGUUUCAUCAACUUGAUGUUAUGGAUCCACUUAGUAUUUCUUCACUUGUGGACUUCAUCAACACAAAAUUUGGAAGGCUUGAUAUUCUGGUAUGCAAUAGUGACUGGAGGAAACAAAGGAAUAGGAUAUGAAACAUGCAAGCAAUUAGCAAGCAAAGGAGUAGUGGUAGUGUUGACAUCAAGAGAUGAAAAAAGAGGGAUUGAAGCUAUUGAAAGGCUUAAAAAGGAGUUAAACAUUACUAAUAAUAAUGAUCACAUUUUGUUUCAUCAACUUGAUGUUAUGGAUCCAGAUAGUAUUUCUUGUCUUGUGGACUUUAUCAACACAAAAUUUGGAAGGCUCGAUAUUCUGGUUAACAACGCAGGGGUUGGUGGAUUAAUGGUGGAAGGAAAUCUUGUUAUACUAAAAAAUUUAAUUGAAGGAGAUUUCGAGACCAUUUCUACUGAAAAUGAAGAAGAGGAAGAAAGUGUUGUGGAGAAAUCAAUUGAUGGUAUCGUUACAAAUUAUGAGUUGACAAAACAAUGCAUAGAGACAAACUUUUAUGGUGCAAAAAGGAUGAGUGAAGCAUUUAUCCCUCUCCUUCAACUCUCUAAUUCACCAACGAUUGUUAAUGUUGCUUCUUUCUUAGGAAAAUUGAAGUUAUUGUGCAACGAAUGGGCUAAAAAAGUGCUAAGUGUGUCAAAAGCAUCGUUGAUUGCCUACACAAGAGUUUUAGGUUCAAAAUAUCCGAAUUUUCGCGUAAAUUCGGUGUGCCCUGGCUAUUGUGGCACAGACAUGACUGCAUAUACUGGAAGCUUAACUGCUGAAGAAGGUGCUGAAAGCUUGGUGAAACUUGCUUUGCUGCCAAAUGAUGGACCUUCUGGGGUCUAUUUUUACAAGAAGGACGUCACCUCUUUUUGAACAUUUAGCUAAUUCAACUUUUAAGUAAUAACUUAUUAUCAAUCAACUGCUCCAUAAGAAAUAAGUCGAGUUGGUUAUAUGAAUUAUUUGUCUAUUCAGCUAGAUUAUGUUUUAUUCUUACUUGUACUGCUUUCAUUGCAAACAACAGGCCUACUUAUAAGUGUCAUGUUGCUCAGACACUUUAAAAAAAAGUUCAACUUGUGUCUGAAUCCAAAAAUAAUAGUAUGGUGCUUGUGUUUGAUACUCAAAA